AUUCGUAGAAGCAGGACCACCUUCACAACUUUCCAGGUAGGCAGACAUCACGACGUUAGCUAGGAAAAUAUUGUGUAGGAUGUCUUUACAUUGUGCUAUAUCAAAUUAUCUACAAUAAUGUAAAGGAUGUAUUUACAUUGUACUGUCUAAACUUAUCUACGACAAUAAUGUGUAUAUUGGAUGUUUCAAAAUUGUGCUACCUAAAAGGCUAGAAAUGGAUAAUUAGGUUACUAACUAUUUUAAUGGUUAAAAAAAAAAGUAUAACUAAAAACUUGUCGUGUCAAAAAUAUUAAGAAAUGAAAAACUAUUUUAUGUUGUAUAUUGGUUCAGUGGAGCGUGUGAUAAUGUCCCUGUGACAUAGGUCUGUGGAGUGUGUGAUAAUGUCCAUGUGACUUAAUAGGUCUGUGGAGUAUGGGAUAAUGUCCAUGUGACAUAAUAAGUCUGUGGAGUGUGUGAUAAUGUCCAUGUGACAUAAUAGGUCUGUGGAGUGUGUGAUAAUGUCCAUGUGACAUAAUAGGUCUGUGGAGUAUGUGAUAAUGUCCAUGUGACAUAAUAGGUCUGUGGAGUGUGUGAUAAUGUCCAUGUGACAUAAUAGGUCUGUGGAGUAUGUGAUAAUGUCCAUGUGACAUAAUAGGUCUGUGGAGUAUGUGAUAAUGUCCAUGUGACAUAAUAGGUCUGUGGAGUAUGUGAUAAUGUCCAUGUGACAGAAUAUUUCUGUGGAGUAUGUGAUAAUGUCCAUGUGACAUAAUAGGUCUGUGGAGUAUGUGAUAAUGUCCAUGUGACAUAAUAGGUCUGUGGAGUAUGUGAUAAUGUCCAUGUGACAUAAUAGGUCUGUGGAAUAUGUGAUAAUUCCCUGUGACAUAGGUCUGUGGAGUAUGUGAUAAUUUCCCUGUGACAUAGUUCUGUGGAGUAUGUGAUAAUGUCCCUGUGACAUAGUUCUGUGGAGUGUGUGAUAAUGUCCCUGUGAUAUAGGUCUGUGGAGUGUGUGAUAAUGUCCCUGUGACAUAGGUCUGUAGAGUAUGUGAUAAUGUCCCUGUGACAUAGGUCUGUGGAGUAUGUGAUAAUGUCUCUUUGACAUAGUUCUGUGGAGUAUGUGAUAAUGUCCCUGUGACAUAGGUCUGUGGAGAAUGUGAUAAUGCCCCUGUGACAUAGGUCUGUGAAGUAUGUGAUAACGUCCCUUUGACGUAGGUCUAUGGAGUAUGUGGUAACGUCCCUGUGACGUAGGUCUAUGGAGUAUUUGAUAAUGUCCCUGUGACGUAUAAUAGGUCAAUGGAGUAUGUGAUAAUGUCCCUGUGACACAAUUACGUGGAGUAUGUGAUACAAUGCAAUAAUGCCAUACAAGUCACACAAAAAUAACCUUAACACGCAGUCUACAAAAUGACAUAUGACAUUCUAUUGCCUGAAAAAUGUAAACGCUGUUUUGUGAACCUAGUGUUAGAUGUUUUCUAAAUCGAUUGAACUCAACAGCUCCACAGAUUAGAAAGAGCAUUUGAAAAAACUCAGUACCCGGAUGUGUUCACAAGAGAGGAGUUGGCCAUGACCUUGGAUCUUAGUGAGGCCAGAGUUCAGGUAAGAUGCAAGUUUCCAAUAUUCAAAUAUAAAAAAAAUAUCACGUGAAAUAAAUCUGUUAUAAUUUUUAUAACACCGUGAAAAGCGUCUAUGAUUUUUUAAAUUACAAAAAUCUCGCGUAUCUUGAUGCCAGGGGCAAAAUAAAGUCUCAUAUAACUGAGACAAUGAAGUACUUAAAUAAAGUCUCAUAUAACUGAGACAAUGAAGUACUUAAAUAAAGUCUCAUAUAACUGAGACAAUGAAGUACUUAAAUAAAGUCUCAUAUAACUGAGACAAUGAAGUACUUAAAUAAAGUCUCAUAUAACUGAGACAAUGAAGUACUUAAAUAAAGUCUCAUAUAACUGAGACAAUGAAGUACUUAAAAUAAAGUCUCAUAUAACUGAGACAACGAAGUACUUAAAUAAAGUCUCAUGUAAUUUUGAGACAAUGAAGUACUAAAAUAAAGUCUCAUGUAAUUUUGAGACAAUGAAGUACUAAAAUAGAUUCUCAUGUAACUGAGACUAUGAAGUAUUAAAUAAAGUCUAAUAAUUGAGACAAUGACGUACUAAAAUAAAAGUCUCAUAUAACUUUGAGACCACGAAGUACUAAAAUAAAGUCUCAUAUAACUUUGAGACCAUGGAGUACUAGAAUAAAGUCUCAUGUAACUUUGAGGCAAUGAAGUACUAAAAUCAAGUCUAUGAUAACUCAGACAAUGACGUGCUAAAAUAAAGUUUCAUAUAACUUUGAGACCAUGAAGUACUAGAAUAUAGUCUCAUGUAACUUUGAGACAAUGAAGUACUAAAAUAAAUUCUCAUGUAGCUGAGACCAUGAAGUACUAAUAUAAAUUCUCAUGUCACUAAGACCAUGAAGUACUAAAACAGUUUUUCCAGGUCUCAUUAUGACGUAUUAAUGUGUUAGCCCUCGUGAUAAUUAAGCCAUGCAGCGCGGGCAAACAACGCGGUGGCCUCGUUGUGAGAUGAGAAUAAAAAAAAAAAAAUAAUUCAUGAAAAGGUUUGGAGAGGUUGACCUAAUUUACUUGCUUUUCUCUAGAUCUUUGAGCAUUACAUGGGGACAUUUGCGAGAAGAAACGAUGCUUAAUUGAAGAACCCACGAACAUUUGACAUGGUAAUCUCCCUCUGAUAAAAAACACUGAUGCAAACACAGGACACAAGAGUUUGGUCUCAUCCCCCUCGAGCCGCGAGCCGAGUUCCCACGUAAUGGUCUGGUGUCACUGACAAAACUUUCCGUGACCGAAUUGUAUGCAAGCAAUUUCCCAAACAUUUAGCUUGGAGAUUAUUGCCUAAAUUGAAUGAACUCCUCUUUCAGUCAGUGGAGGCGAAAGAGGAGCGGCUCUCACAGGGUGCAAGCAGUAGGCCUCUCUGUGUUGUCCCCGUCUGAUCCAUCGCUUUGUGUACACAUUUUCAAGACCGCGGGACCGCCUGAGAUUUUUAGUGGGGGGGGGGGAAAGAAGAAACACCACAGGGCGCCUUCUUAGCCCACAUCGGAUAGAAAGGCGCCCCCCCCCACCUCCCAUCACCCGGACCCCGAGUCUACUGUCAGGUUUACGGUCCGCUUAGCCGAGAACAAUCCACGGCGAUGGGUAAUAGCUCGCGAUGGUACUUAAACGUUUCUGGAGUCUGGUAAAGAUGCAGCGUGACCCGGAUGAAUGGGUGACCUCACGGAGGGGCUCCUUUCAGUGACUGUUGGCACCUGGGCGCGCAAGCGCCGGUUAACUUAGCCGGCAUGAAUCGAGGCUGCCAUGAUCUGGCCUCGGGGGCCACAGAGCUGCCCAGUGUGAGGUCAGAGUCGGAACAGCGGGUUGGUAGGGGAGAUCUCCAGCGCUAAUUAAAGGUAUCGCUGCCGAGGGUCCCCGACACUUGAGCCCGCCGUGGAGGGUGAGAGAGCCCCCUCCCCCCCCCAAUACUACUCGUACACACACUUCUGGUGCACACCACACAAGGGCGCCAGGGACUCAUCAUGGGAUGGGCGUGGCCAUCGAGAUUAGGAGUCCUUAAGUUUGAGACGAGAGGCGGAAAUAGGCUAGGAAGAAUGAUCACGUGAUGACCCACCGUUUUCGCUGUGUCAAAACUGGAAGAAAGACACCUUCUGCGUGAAGACACUGACUACAUCGGUGACACUCUUGAAUAUUGGUAAAGUGCAGUGACUCCCAUACUUUUACUAAAAGCUGUAUGACAUUGACAUUUUUAAGAGCUAACAAGACGGUGAUUAAAGAGAAAUGUUGGUCUGGUUUGGGGGGGGGGGGGGGAAAUUUGUUUUGAAAAAUCCUUGUGGUGGUCAGUUAGUUAAAAUACCUGGUUUCAUUGAGUUGUCAGUAGGAUGAGAAGCCAUUGAAAGAAAUAGAUGCCAAAGUGUCCUCGUUUUAUAGCCAUUUUAAUUGUUUCUAUAGUAUAGUAGUUACUAUCCUAAUGUCUUAUUUUUAUUGUAAUUAGUUUACAUGUUUUAAUAAUUGUAAAGUGCUUAGAGCUUUAUGGUAAGCGCUAUAUAAAAAUGCCUAAAUAAAUAAAUAUGCAGCCAUUUAUAGUAGCAGAGAUGUGUAGCUACUGAUUGUAGUGGAGAUGUGUAGCUACUGAUUGUAGUGGAGAUGUGUAGCCAUUUAAUUUAUAGAAGAAGAGAUGUGUAGCUAUUGAUAGUAGCAGACGUGUGUAGAAGUACACACGUCCAUCUAUAAUUUAUUUACGUUAGUUGUAUUUCAAAUAAUUAGGAACAAAUUUGGCGGUAAUUUGAUGGGAUGGUAAUUUGAUGGUAGGGUAUGUCGAGUGGACGGUAAUUUGAUGGGAGUGUAUGUCGAGUGGACGGUAAUUUGAUAGGAGGGUAUGUCGAUGGUACGGUAAUUUGAUGGGAGGGUAUGUCGAUGGGAGGGUAAUUUGAUGGUAUAGGGUAUAUUGAAAGGACGGUAAUUUGAUGGUAGGGUAUGUUGAUAGAACGGUAAUUUGAUGGAAUAGGGUAUGUUGAUAGGACGGUAAUUUGAUGGGGGUAUGUUGAUAAGAUGGGAAUUUGAUGGGAUGUUAUGUUUAUUGGUAUACAUUCAUAUAUAUAUAUAUAUAUAUAUAUAUAUAUAUAUAUAUAUAUAUAUAUAUAUAUAUUUUGUAUGAUAUAUAUAUAUAUAUAUAUAUAUAUAUAUAUAUGUUGCAGCUGAUAUAAUCAUGUCUGAGGUGGUGUUAAGGUUGAUAUGAUUAUGCCACAUUAGCUGGUGUUAAAGUUGAUGUGAUUAUGUCACAUUAUCUGGUGUUAAAGUUGAUGUGAUUAUGUCACAUUAUCUGGUGUUAAAGUUAAUGUUAUUAUGUCACAUUAUCUGGUGUUAAAGUUAAUGCCAUUAUGUCACAUUAUAUGGUGUUAAAGUCUACGUGAUUAUGUCACAUUAUAUGGUGUUAAAUUCAUGUGCUUAUGUCAAUUAAUCUGGUGCUAACGUUGAUGCGCUUAUGUCUCAUUAUCUGGUGUUAAAGUUGUUGUGAUUAUGUCACAUUAUCUGGUGUUAAAGUUGAUGUGAUUAUGUCACAUUAUCUGGUGUUAAAGUUGAUGUGAUUAUGUCACAUUAUGUGGUGUUUAAGUUGAUGUGAUUAUGUCACAGUAUGUGGUAUUCAAGUUGAUGUGAUUAUGUCACAUUAUAUGGUGUUAAAGUUGAUGUGAUUAUGUUAUCCGAUUUAAAGAAAUAAUUUUUAGAAGCCCUAGAAACGAUUUCAUCCUCUAGAAAUAAGAAUGUUGUUGUUUGAAUCGUCGGCUGACAUCAGUUCAGUUCCCGGGCAGGUGUUUCCUAUUUUGACGGCAUAUCUACUCAUAGCUGGGGACAGGCCCAUCAAUCUGGGUAUUUACUUAGAGCUGGGGACAAGCCCAUCAUUCUGGGUAUUUACUUAGAGCUGGGGACAGGCCCAUCAAUCUGGGUAUUUACUUAGAGCUGGGGACAGGCCCAUGAAUCUGGGUAUUUACUUAGCGCUGGGGACAGGCCCAUCAAUCUGGGUAUUUACUUAGAGCUGGGGACAGGCCCAUCAAUCUGGGUAUUUACUUAGAGCUGGGGACAAGAGGGAAAAAACAAAAUUGAAAGUGUGUGGGGGUGGGUGGCGGGAGCAAGAACCGUGAAGAUGAAAAAUGUUACCAAUCAGGUGGGAAAUAGAUGGCAUUUUAGUUGGAUGUUACCAAUCAGGUGGGAAAUAGAUGGCAUUUUAGUUGGAUGUUAACAAUCAGGUGGGAAAUAAAUGGCCGUAUAGUUGGAUGUUACGAAUCAGGUGGGAAAUAGAUGGCAUUUUAGUUGGAUGUUACCAAUCAGGUGGGAAAUAGAUGGCAUUUUAGUUGGAUGUUACCAAUCAGGUGGGAAAUAGAUGGCAUUUUAGUUGGAUGUUACCAAUCAGGUGGGAAAUAAAUGGAAUUAUAGUUGGAUUUUACCAAUCAGGUGGGAAAUAGAUGGCAUUAUAGUUGGAUGUUUCCAAUCAGGUAGGAAAUAGAUGACAUUUUAGUUGGAUGUUACCAAUCAGGUGGGCAAUAAAUGGCCUUAUAGUUGGAUGUUACCAAUCAGGUGGGAAAUAGAUGGCAUUUUAGUUGGAUGUUACCAAUCAGGUAGGAAAUAGAUGGCAUUUUAGUUGGAUGUUACCAAUCAGGUGGGAAAUAGAUAGCAUUUUAGUUGGAUGUUACCAAUCAGGUGGGAAAUAGAUGACAUUUUAGUUGGAUGUUACCAAUCAGGUGGGAAAUAGAUGGCAUUUUAGUUGGAUGUUACCAAUCAGGUGGGAAAUAGAUGGCAUUUUAGUUGGAUGUUACCAAUCAGGUGGGAAAUAGAUGACAUUUUAGUUGGAUGUUACCAAUCAGGUGGGAAAUAGAUGACAUUUUAGUUGGAUGUUACCAAUCAGAUGGGAAAUAGAUGGCAUUUUAGUUGGAUGUUACCAAUCAGGUGGGAAAUAAAUGGCAUUAUAGUUGGAUGUUACCCAUCAGGUGGGAAAUAGAAGACAUUUUAGUUGGAUGUUACCAAUCAGGUGGCAAGACAGACACGGAGUUUGAGCAGUUUAACAAUAAUAGUAUGCGGAGAUUUAGGGGAGAGCACUUUCUGCAUGCUGUGCUUCUAAUCAAGGGUUGAUCCGAUUAAGCUCCCCUUGUGUGAACAUCAGCACGUGCCACGGGCAGACGAACUGUCAGGGGGUUUGGGUUACUAGGAAAACAUGUUUGUGAAGGCUUAGCCCCGGACAGAUUAGGGGAGAAGGGACCGCAGGGUCAGUCAGUGGGUAUUUCUAAAAUAUCAAAAUGUAAUGGAAAACAUUAUGUUGUGUGUAAAAAAAAAAAAAAAAAAAAAAAAAAAAAAUCUACUAUAGCAUUGUCCGUUGAAAAAAAAUGAUCAUUUAUAGCAUGGUAUGUAAAUAAUAUUUUACUUGCAGAAUAUUGAUUAUCAAAGUAAUAAAUCAGUUACGUAGAGCUUUUUAUUCACACUGUUAAAAAUCGAUCGUAAAGUUACAGCAAUUUUUACACCAACAUAUUGUCAACUAACUGCCAGUAACUUAUGUAAUUACUGGCAUCAAACGAUAGCUCACCGUUAAAAAAAAAUAUCUUUUUUCAAAUAAAGUAAGCCUUAACUUUAAAUGCCGUUACAGGUUACCGUGAUAAAUAUCAUGUUGUGUGUCAAAGAAGUUUCAAUGUUGGAAAACUACAAAAGUUGUGUUUUUUUGGUUUGAAGUCGGCCUUGGUUGUAACCAUGUUAUCUAUAACGGUUUACAGACAUGUUUCGGCAAUAGCGGCACGUUGACCAAAGCCGUCCCCACUCAUUUAAUGCUUCUGGCCUACCCUUGAUUUCAACAAAUUAAAAUUUUUUAUACUCUUUAAACAAAAAUCUUCCAUUUAGAAUCGGCGGUGUUACGUCUACGUAUUGUUAUGUUUCCCUGUGGAGCUGAAGUGCAUGGUUGAAUAGGUUUUCAAUUUCCGAUAUAAUUUUUUAAACUCCGGAAUGCAUAAGUGAAACUGAUGCGGCACUUUGAUGUGCUGCUUGAGUGAACCUGAAGGAGGACUUUGAUGUGCCGUAUGAGUGAACCUGAAUGAGUACUUUGAUGCACUGCUUGAGUGAACCUGAAGGAGGACUUUGAUGUGCUGCUUGAGUGAACCUGAAGGAGUACUUUGAUGUGCUGCUUGAGUGAACCUGAAGGAGGACUUUGAUGUGCUGCUUGAGUGAACCUGAAGGAGGACUUUGAUGUGCUGCUUGAGUGAACCUGAAGGAGGACUUUGAUGUGCUGCAUGAGUGAACCUGAAGGAGGAUUUUGAUGUGCUGCAUGAGUGAACCUGAAGGAGGACUUUGAUGUGCUGCAUGAGUGAACCUAAAGAAGGACUUUGAUGUGCUGCAUGAGUGAACCUGAAGAAGGACUUGGAUGUACUGCAUGAGUGAGCCUGAAGGAGGACUUUGAUGUACUACAUGAGUGAACCUGAAGGAGGACUUUGAUGUGCUGCAUGAGUGAACCUGAAGGAGGACUUUGAUGUGCUGCAUGAGUGAACGUGAAGGAGGACGUUGAUGUGCUGCUUCACUGAAACUGAAGUAGGACUUUGACAUAACAUUUAGCGGACAUUCUCGCCACGUUAAACAGCCCAAACAACGCUUCACCUUGCACUCAUUUGACUCAAAGAACACAGCCGUACACUCAGCGGACUGGUUUGUUAGAGAAGAGAUUCAUUUAACGUUGAGAACUUUACCACCAUCUGAUUGAAAUAAACUUCAUUGUUUUUCUUUGACUAGAUAUUUCUCUCCAUUGUUAUUUUCCAUCCAAUCAAAGCUUACUUCCUAUUUUUUCUUGUUUUUGGUUUGUUUUUGUGCACAUUGUCUCCCCCUAUGAAGGAGAGUUUAGUAUCUCCCUAGGAGUGCUUAUAAUCUCCCAAUAACUGAUUCCAAGAGCUGGACUAUAGAGUUGCUUUUGUGUGUGUUAUUCUGCAUUUUAGCGUUGACGUUUCAUUUUAUUUGUACUUUUUUUUUACGCGCAUUUGUGUGUGUGUGUCUGUGUGUGCCUGUGCGCGUGUGUGUGUGUACUUUGACCAGUGCUCACUUAGCCAUGAUCUUCAUUUACGAAAACUUUCCGCAACGCUGCAAAUCCUUAGUUAAUGACAACGUUUUGGUGUGUCAAAGGCAACCUAAGUUGGGAAUGCUCGAAUUGAAAGUUCGAACUUGGCACAUGUGUCCCCUGCUGUGUUACUGAACACAAAUCUCAGAUACAUUCAAAGAAAAAAAAAAAAGAAAACAACUCUUCAUUGUGAAUGAGUUCAGAACUGAGUGUCCCCACCCCCUCACCCUCCCCCAAAUCUCCAAAAUAAAACACAUCCUAGUGAGAUUGGUGGGGGGACUGAUUACGGAACCUGGUGAUGAUUCUGAUGAAAGUCUAGAAAAUUCGGACUCAUCAUGUCACACAAAGAGAACAAUUUAAAAAAAAAAAAAAAAAAAAAAAAAAAAAUAAAAAAAAGUAAUUAAAAGACACCCGAUUUUGGAAGCUGUGAUUUCUUUUUAAAAAAUAUUGUUUUCCCUAGUAAAUCCGUUUGCUUACAGCUUUGAAGAAUGUAAUCAACAUCUAGCGUCUAGAUGAGCUGCAUCGUGUAAGCUGCAGCCUAGAGCUGAGUUAAGGAAGUAGUUUCUGACUCCUGGGAGAGAAAUAGAACCAAGAAUAGUUAAUCGGUUUCUAUCAGAACUUUAUCUUUGAAGCAAUAUUUGUGUCUGUAGAUAUCAAACCCCAUGGCCGAUGUUAUUUAUGUAACGCACUUUAUUUAUGAGGUUGAAAUAAUCAAAUGUAAAGUAGUAUUGAAAAUGCUUAUAUUUAUUCCAAGAUAUACAAAAUGGGGGAUGAAAAAUCUGUUAGCAGUACGAAAAGAUAUCUUGUGGUGGGAUUUAAGAGAAAGCUUGUGUGGGAUGGUGAGCUAUCUGAUGGUGAGAUGGUGAGCGAGUUGGUGGUAGAAUGUGAAACAUCUGAUGGUAGGAUGGUGAAAGAUCUGAUGGGGAGAUGGUGAAAGAUCUGAUGGUAGGAAGGCGAAAGAUCUAAUGGUAGGAGGGUGAGAGAUCUGAUGGUGAGGCGGUGAGAUAUCUGAUGGUGAGAUGCUGAGAUAUCUGAUGGUAGAAAGGUGAGAGAUCUGAUGGUAGGAAGGUGAGGGAUCUGAUGGUGGGAAGGUGAGAGAUCUGAUGGUGAGGCGGUGAGAUAUCUGAUGGUGAGAUGCUGAGAUAUCUGAUGAUGAGAUGCUGAGAUAUCUGAUGGUUGGAUGGUGAGAGAUCUAAUCGUGUGAUGUGAGAAUCUGACUGUAGAAUUUGAGAACUCUGAUGGGGGAUGGUGAUAGAGCGAUGGGGUGAUUUCUAACGGUGUGAGAACAGUGGGGUGGUGAGGGAUCAGAGGCUGGGAGUGCUGGGGACCUGAAGUUUAAUUUGACACUGUGUAGGGAAAUCACUUGAUCAAUGAAAGACUCUUAGCUCGGAUUAGGACAUGGGAGAUUAGAAACAGGGGAGGAAAAUCGUUAAGGCUGGACCUUGUAAAGGGAGGAAAUUAGGUUUUCAUCUUACGAAGAAAAAGAAGACUAAAAAGAAUACUGAGUUAGGGUAACGCUACGAGAGAAAUUUUUUAAGUGAAAUUUAGGAUGGCGAUAAAGUAGCAUCUGGAAUUAGAAUGUUUACUACAGUGAUGUUUAAGAUUAUACAUGAUUAUAGGGGUGAUGUAUCUAAGAUGGUACAUGAUUAUAAGGGUGAUGUAUCUAAGAUGGUACAUGAUUAUAAGGGUGAUGUAUCUAAGAUGGUACAUGACUAUAGGGAUGAUGUUUCUAGGAUAGUACAUGAUUUUCGGGGUGGUGUUUCUAAGAUGGUGCAUGAUUAUUGGGCCGAUGUCUCUCAGAUGGUACAUUACUGUAGGGUUGAUGACAAAAUACAUAAGGGUUGUCACGGCCUCCCUAAAUUUGGGGAAUAUUUAGUCAGCUCCUGUAUUCAAAAACAUAUUACAAGUAAUUUGAGCAUUUCAAGAACCACCUCUUCAUUUAAAAUAACAGUAUCUCAUUAUAAGUUCAAUAAUCUAAUUAUACAUUACGUUAUCUGAUUAUAAUUACAUUAUCUGAUUAUAAAUUACAUUAUCUGAUUAUAAAUUACAUUAUCUGAUUAUAAAUUACAUUAUCUGAUUACAAAUUACAUUAUCUGGUUACAAAUUACAUUAUCUGGCUACAAAUUACAUUAUCUGGUUACAAAUUACAUUAUCUGGUUACAAAUUACAUUAUCUGAUUACAAAUUACAUUAUCUGGUUACAAAUUACAUUAUCUGGUUACAAAUUACAUUAUCCGGUUACAAAUUACAUUAUCUGGUUACAAAUUACAUUAUCUGGUUACAAAUUACAUUAUCUGGUUACAAAUUACAUUAUCUGGUUACAAAUUACAUUAUCUGGUUACAAAUUACAUUAUCUGGUUACAAAUUACAUUAUCUGGUUACAAAUUACAUUAUCUGGUUACAAAUUACAUUAUCUGGUUACAAAUUACAUUAUCUGGUUACAAAUUACAUGAUCGGAUUUGAAGAAAUUAAAAACAUGCUUUUUAAAAAAAAAAUUAUACGAUCAAAAUGUAUUUGUUGUAUGAACUCCUUGUUUAACAACGAAUAGCUGUCGCUGUUUAUGGAUGUCAUUGUUUGUAGCUGUCAUUGUUUGUAGCUGUCAUUGUUUGUAGCUGUCAUUGUUUGUAGCUGUCAUUGUUUGUAGCUGUCAUUGUUUGUAGCUGUCAUUGUUUUUAGCUGUCAUUGUUUGUAGCUGUCGCUGUUUAUGGAUGUCAUUGUUUGUAGCUGUCAUUAUUUGUAGCUGUCACUUUUUAUAGCUGUCACUGUUUGUAUCUGUCACUGUUUAUAGGUGUCACUGUAGCUGCUGCUUAUGAUAGCUGUCACUGUUUAUUUAUGGCUGUCAUUGUUUGUAGCUGCCACUAUUUAAGGCUGUCACUUUUUGUAUCUGUCACUGUUUGUAUCUGUCAUUGUUUCUAGCUUUCAUAGUUUGUAUCUGUCACUGUUUGUAUCUGUCAAUGUUUGUAUAUGUCACUGUUUGUAUCUGUCACUGUUUGUAUCUGUCACUGUUUGUAUCUGUCACUGUUUGUAUCUGUCACUGUUUGUAUCUGUCACUGUUUCUAGCUUUCAUAGUUUAUAGCUGUCACUGUUUUUAGCUGCUGUAUAUAGCUGUCACUGUUUAUAGAUGUAAGAAAUUUUUAGUACAGUUUGUGAACUAAAAGAAUGUUCAUGUAUUAAUAAAUGUGAAGCUACUAGCCUCCUGGUGCUACUAUACUAUGAGCCUACUUGUUCUAGAAUCAUAUUAGUACCGGAGGGAGAUUCUUAACUCACUCGUCGGCUGCUAAAAGUUAUACAUUAACUGACAUUAUUGAUAUUCCUGUUUGUAGUAAGCGGCUCUGUCAUGUUCCUGCACCAUAAAUUAAUUCGGAAAUGUUGUUUUUUCCCCCCCCCCCAACUUAGGUUUGGUUUCAAAACAGACGUGCCAAAUGGCGUAAGAGAGAG